UUUCUUUGCCAAAGGCGAACGCAGAACAUUUUAGAGCCAUGAGGAUGCUUCUGCAUUUGAGUUUGCUAGCUCUUGGAGCUGCCCACGUGUGUGCCAACCCCACAGCACGUCCCACAAGUGCCUUGGUGAAAGAGACUUUGGCACUGCUUUCUACUCAUCGAACUCUGCUGAUGGCCAAUGAGACCCUGAGGAUUCCUGUUCCUGCACAUAAAAAUCACCAACUGUGCACUGAAGAAAUCUUUCAGGGAAUAGGCACACUGGAGAACCAAACUGUGCAAGGGAGUGCUGUGGAAAAACUAUUCCAAAACUUGUCUUUAAUAAAGGAACACAUUGACCGCCAAAAAAAAAAGUGUGGACAAGAAAGACGAAGAGUAAAGCAAUUCCUAGACUACCUGCAAGAGUUUCUUGGUGUAAUAAACACCGAGUGGAUAAUAGAAAGUUGAGACUAAACUGGUUUGUUGUAGACAAAGAUUUUGGAGGAGGACAUUUUAUGGCAAUGAGAAUGAUGACCAAUGAAGGGUUAGGCCUUAAUUUUCAGUGUAAUUAAACUUCAGAGGGAAAGUAAACAUUUCAGGCACACUGACACUUUGCCAGAAAACAUAAAAUAUUUAAAAUAUAUUUUAGAUAUCAGAAUCAUUGAAGUAUUUUCCUCCAGGGAAAAUUGAUAUAUACUUUUUUUCUUAUUUAACUUAACAUUCUGUAAAAUGCCUGUUAAUAAUAUUUAUGAAAUUGUUGAGAAUUUGGUAAAUUAAUAUUUAUUUCAUGUUAUAUUGUGUUCCAAUAAAAUAAAAAUAGACAACUGUUC